AUGGAAAUAAUCAAGAAUAGCUCUACUUCCUUUGGCGUACCUCAAGACGUCUUCGAUAAGCUCUCGUCAAAGUCUCAAACGGCUAUCGCGCGGCUGUUGGUCCACAAGCCAGAAUCCUUUGACCUUACGAAGUAUCCUACAACGAAACUAGCAGCUGUCCUCGUCCUGUUAUACGAAAAGCCCGAGGAUAAAGAGCUCUACGUCCUCCUCACCACACGCUCCAAGAAACUUCGCUCACACCCAGGUCAAACCGCUCUCCCAGGCGGGAAAUGCGAAGAUUCCGAUGCGGAUGUUAUUGAGACAGCUUACCGAGAAGCCGCUGAAGAAGUCGCCCUACCUUUACAUUCCUCAUCCAUCCACGCACUCUGCAUCCUCCGACCCUGGCUCUCCAAAUACCGUCUCCUCGUCACACCCGUUGUCACACUCCUCUCUGACCUCAGCGUACUCGACACCCUCGUUCCUUCCGAUGGCGAGGUCGAGGCCAUUUUCGAACAUCCACUGGAAGCGGUUCUGGAUCCGGAGUUGGUUCUGGCGAGGAACUUGUGGCUGGCGGAGACAGGUGGAGAGCAUUGGCCUUAUGAAGAGGAGUUAUAUAAUCAUUCCGAUACACAAUACUCUCCUGACGCAGCGUACAGAAUGCAUCGUUUUCGAACUAGUGCAUCACCUAUUAAGGGUCUAACAUCCGACAUCCUCAUAAUGACAGCAGAACUCGCCUACGCCCGCUCACCAACCUACCCCCGCUGGGCACCAGGCCAAGCAACCUCCUUCGCAGGUAUCGCACAAAUCCUCGAACGCGAGCGCGAGGCACACGAAGCCGCCAUCUUACACAAGAAAACUCUCGGUACUGGGAUCUUGAAUGGUUUAGGAGAUGGAAAUGGAGGGGAAGAAAAUAUCUCUCAAUUUUUGGGUCCCAGAAAUUACCAGAUGAAUAUUGGAGGCUGA